AUGAGCUUGGCUCGACCAAGUUGCAUAGGCUCGGUGUGGAAGAGACAGAUGCAGUCGGGGGAGAUAAACGAGAAACGAUCACAGAUUGCUUCUCCCACACCACCAGAGCCCAGCUGCUGCAGACCCCCGGAGGCCCCCCAUCAGCAGCAGAGCUCAGAGGUUCCCAGUGAUCAGUCUGCACAGCAGCAUCAAACACAGCUGGACUCCAUAUUUAUGCUGCUGGAGGAGAACAUCCUCACUUUUGUGAAGGACGAGCUGAAGAGAGUCCAGAGGGGUCUGAGUCCAGAUGAUCCAGAAUGCUUAGAGAGUCAGAGUGAGGAUGAGGAGGUGUUGGACGGUGAGGAGGAAGAGCAGAGGAAGAGCAGCAGAGAGGCAUUUCUGAAUAUCACAGUGCAAUUCCUGAGGAGAAUGAAGCAGGAGGAGCUCGCUGAGCUUCUGCAGAGCAGAGCUUGUGCUGCAAACUGUCGAUGUAAACUCAAGUCUAACCUGCAGAAGAAGUUCCAGUGUGUGUUUGAGGGGAUCGCUAAAGCAGGAAACCCAACCCUUCUGAAUCAGAUCUACACACCGCUCUACAUCACAGAGGGAGGGACUGCAGAGGUCAAUGAUGAACAUGAGGUCAGGCAGAUUGAAACAGCAUCCAGGAAACCAGACAGACCAGAAACAACAAUCAGACAAGAAGACAUCUUUAAAGCCUCACCUGGGAGAGAUGAACCAAUCAGAACAGUGAUGACAAAGGGUGUGGCUGGCAUUGGGAAAACAGUCUUAACACAGAAGUUCACUCUGGACUGGGCUGAAGACAAAGCCAACCAGGACAUACACUUCACAUUUCCAUUCACUUUCAGAGAGCUGAAUGUGGUGAAAGAGAAAAAGUACAGCUUGGUGGAACUUGUUCAUCACUUCUUUACUGAAACCAAAGAAGCAGGAAUCUGCAGGUUUGAAGAGUUCCAGGUUGUGUUCAUCUUUGAUGGUCUGGAUGAGUGUCGACUUCCUCUGGACUUCCACAACACUGAGAUCCUGACUGAUGUUACAGAGUCCACCUCAGUGGAUGUGCUGCUGACAAACCUCAUCAGGGGGAAACUGCUUCCCUCUGCUCGCCUCUGGAUCACCACACGACCUGCAGCAGCCAAUCAGAUCCCUCCUGAGUGUGUCAGCAUGGUGACAGAGGUCAGAGGGUUCACUGACCCACAGAAGGAGGAGUACUUCAGGAAGAGAUUCAGAGAUGAGGAGCAGGCCAGUACCAUCAUCUCCCACAUCAAGACAUCACGAAGCCUCCACAUCAUGUGCCACAUCCCAGUCUUCUGCUGGAUCACUGCUACAGUUCUGGAGGAUGUGUUGAAAAGCAGAGAGGGAGGAGAGCUGCCCAAGACCCUGACUGAGAUGUACAUCCACUUCCUGGUGCUUCAGUGCAAACUGAAGAACAUCAAGUAUGAUGGAGGAGCUGAGACAGAUCCGCACUGGAGUCCAGAGAGCAGGAAGAUGAUUGAGUCUCUGGGAAAACUGGCUUUUGAGCAGCUGCAGAAAGGCAACCUGAUCUUCUAUGAAUCAGACCUGACAGAGUGUGGCAUCGAUAUCAGAGCAGCCUCAGUGUACUCAGGAGUGUUCACACAGGUCUUUAAAGAGGAGAGAGGGCUGUACCAAGACAAGGUGUUCUGCUUCGUCCAUCUGAGCCUUCAGGAGUUUCUGGCUGCUCUUCAUGUCCAUCUGACAUUCAUCAAGUUUGGAAUCAAUCCACUGGAAGAAGAACAAACAACAUCCUGGUCGAAAGUCUUUAAAGACAAACCUGAACCAACACGUUUCUACCAGAGUGCUGUGGACGAGGCCUUAAAGAGUCCAAAUGGACACCUGGACUUGUUCCUCCGCUUCCUUUUGGGUCUUUCACUGCAGACCAAUCAGACUCUCCUACGAGGCCUGCUGACACAGACAGGAAGUAGCUCACAGACCAAUGAAAAAACAGUUGAGUACAUCAAGAAGAAGAUCAGUGAGAAUCUGUCUGCAGAGAGAAGCAUCAAUCUGUUCCACUGUCUGAAUGAACUGAAUGAUCGUUCUCUAGUGGAGGAGAUCCAACAGUACCUGAGAUCAGGAAGUCUCUCCACAGAUAAACUGUCUCCUGCUCAGUGGUCAGCUCUGGUCUUCAUCUUACUGUCAUCAGAAAAAGAUCUGGACGUGUUUGACCUGAAGAAAUACUCUGCUUCAGAGGAGGCUCUUCUGAGGCUGCUGCCAGUGGUCAAAGCCUCCAACAAAGCUCUGUUGAGUGACUGUAACCUCUCAGAGAGAAGCUGUGCAGCUCUGUCCUCAGUUCUCAGCUCCCAGUCCUCUAGUCUGAGAGAUCUGGACCUGAGUAAGAACAACCUGCAGGAUUCAGGAGUGAAGCAGCUUUCUGCUGGACUGGAGAGUCCGCACUGUACAUUGGAAACUCUCAGGUUGAGUGGCUGCAACCUCUCAGAGAGAAGCUGUGCAGCUCUGUCCUCAGUUCUCAGCUCUGAGUCCUCUAGUCUGAGAGAUCUGGACUUGAGUAACAACAACUUGCAGGAUUCAGGACUGGAACUGGACCCAAACACAAUGUACAGAAAACUCAAACUGUCUGACAACAACAGGAAGGUGACGCGUGUGGAGAAGGUUCAGUCAUAUCCUGAUCAUCCAGACAGAUUUGUCUGGCCUCAGCUGCUGUGUAGAAAUGUUCUGACUGGUCGCUGUUACUGGGAGGUCGAGUGGAGAGGAAGAGUUGAUAUAUCAGUGAGUUACAGAAGAAUCAGCAGGAAAGGAGACAGUGAAGACUGUGUGUUUGGAAGGAAUGAUCAGUCCUGGAGUCUGAUCUGCUCUGAUGAUGAUGGUUACUCUGUCUGUCACAAUAAGAGAAAAACACGCAUCUCCUCCUCCUCCUCCUCCUCCUCUGUCUCUAACAGAGUAGCAGUGUAUGUGGACAGUCCUGCUGGCACUCUGUCCUUCUACAGAGUCUCCUCUGACACACUGAUCCACCUCCACACCUUCAACACCACAUUCACUGAACCACUGUAUGUUGGGUUUGGGGUCUAUUGGUGCAGCUCUGGUCCUGAUUCCUUACUCUCUCUGUGUCCUCUGUAG